AUCCCAGCUCUGGUGUGAUACUGGCCCUAUACUGAUAGUUCUCUGCACAUUUUAGUUCUGGUUAUAAACCUCUUCUUAACCAAGGAUGAUAGGAUUUGGGGAUAAAGGUGAGGUUUGCUUGCAUCACUUGCAUCUCUAGUUAUGAACAGCAAGUAAGAGGCAGGGCUCAUGUGUAAUGUAGCAUUGGGGGGAGGAACUGCUUAUGUAACUGGGACAGCAGAUUUAGUCAAAGGAGGAAGAGGCAGAGGCUGGGAAUGGGAACAGUGUACUGUCGGCAGGGGCAACAUGCCCAGGUGGCUCUUUCUAAUAAGCAGGGUAGCAACAUCCAGGGCCCCUGGGUCCGAGGCUGGAAGAGCCUCUGGUCAGGUGUGGGGACCACCAGGUCAGGCCUGGAAGAACUGUGGGGACUGCGGGGGCAUCUGUGCCAGCAUCAGGAGCCAGCUUCACUGCUAGUAGAGAAGCCUCUGUCUGAGUGGCCAGUGCCUCAGUUCAUCAACCUCUUUCUGCCGGAGUUUCCCAUUAGGCCCCUUAGGGAGCAUCAGCAGCUAAAGGUUUUAGGCCUUGUGGCUAAAGGCUCCUUUGGAACUGUCUUCAAGGUGCUAGACUGUGGCCAGAAAGCAAUAUUUGCAGUGAAGGUGGUGCCCAAGGUCAAGGUCCUCCAGAAGGACAUCCUAAGGCAGUGCAAAGAGGAGGUUAGCAUCCAGCGACAGAUUGACCAUCCUUUUGUACACGGUUUGGGAGACAGCUGGCAGGGAAAACGGCACCUCUUCAUUAUGUGCAGCUACUGUAGCACAGAUCUGUACUCCUUGUGGUCUGCUGUUGGCUGCUUUACUGAGGCUUCCAUCCGCCUCUUUGCUGCUGAACUGAUCCUGGUGCUGUGCUAUCUCCAUGACUUGGGCAUCAUCCAUCGGGAUGUGAAGAUGGAGAAUAUCCUCCUGGAUAAACGAGGUCAUCUGAAACUGACAGAUUUUGGUCUUUCCCGCCACCUGCCCCAAGGAGCUCGAGCCUAUACUAUUUGUGGCACUCUUCAAUACAUGGCCCCAGAGGUCCUGAGAGGAGGGCCUUACAACCAUGCGGCUGAUUGGUGGUCCCUGGGUGUUUUGCUUUUCUCUCUGGCAACUGGAGAGUUCCCAGUGGCUGCAGAGAGAGAUCAUGUGACCAUGCUGGCAAGUGUGACCCACUUUGACUCUGAGAUCCCAGCUUCUCUUAACCAGGGGCUCUCACUUCUACUCCAUGAGCUCUUAUGCCAGAAUCCCCUCCAGCGUCUACAUCAUUUGCAUCGAUUCCAGGUCCACCCUUUCUUUCGGGGUGUGGCCUUUGACCCAGAGCUCCUACAGAAACAGCCAGUGAACUUUGUCAUGGAGACUCAAGCUACCCAGCCUAGUCCAUCAGAGUCCAUGCUGUUCAAGGACUUUGACUGUAACCUGGAGUCCUAUCUGGUCUACCCUGGACUUGCUUGAGCCCCCUCUACUAUAAACUGGGGCCCAUCUGGAAACCUGAGCAUCUCCUCCAUUGCCAACUCAGUAUGACCACCUCGAUGAUCCAGUUUUGUUUUUACUUUGUAGCCUCUUAUUGUUCUUCUAGGCCAAACAUGUCAAACGUGGCUGGGCCGUGAGUGUGACAUGCUUGUUCUAGGCCAGUGGUCGCCAACCUUUCAGACCUCAUGGACCACCAGUGGUCCGUGGACCACCAGUUGGCGACUGCUGUUCUAGGCAUUGUACCUGAGUUUAAAUCUUGGGCAUUCUGUUCUUGGCAGCCACGACUGACCUAGCUCUUCCCCUAUUAUACAACACACCUCUCAAUUCAACAUCUCAGAUCAAAGUGUUGACUUUUUCCUCUGCUUUAUUUCUUUAGUGCUCAUACCCUGAAGCUUUUAGCCAGAGGCUUAUUUCACUUUCCCCCCCUCCUUGUUUUUGAAUCACGUUUCUUUCUUUGAGCAAUAAUAACACUUGAUGAUUUUCCAAGGUGCUAUUUAUGUGUUUAACAGGCUUGUUAGAAGCAGUAUGAAUAUUUUUCAGAGGUCUCAAAAGCUGGCAUUUCAACCCAGGUAUACACCUAAAGCAUAUGAUUCUGGGGGCCAAAGCCAGUCUGUAAUAAAUUUUUUAAAAAAAUUUUAAGUAAAUUGUAACAGCCAAAUGUGAGGAAGAGAAUAAAUAGGGACUGAAACAUGGGUCGGGUAAAUGUCUUGAGGGGUAAUUGAAAUAGUUUUACAAAUUUCUUCCAAAUCAAAACCCCUUUGAAAGACAUUAGGAUUCUUAUAUCGAUCAUUGUCCUACACAUCCCAGGAUUCAGUUCUAAUGGGCAAACCAAGGGAUUAAGAGGCAUGACAUCAACCUUAAAAUUUUUUAUUCUUGUUAAUCCUCACCUGAGGAUAUUUUUCCAUUGAUUUUUAGAGAGUGGUAGGGAGGGGUGAAACACAGAGGGAGAGAAACAUCGAUUGGCUGCCUCCCGCAUGUGUCCAGACCAGGGCCGGGAUCCAGCCCCCAACCCAGGCGAUCGAACACAUGAUCCUUCAGUCCUCAGGCUGAUGCUCUUAUCUACUGAGCCCAACCGGCUAGGGCUCAACCUUAAAAUUUAAGAACCUUUUCCCUUAGUGAGAAAAGUCAUCUGGACCUUAAAUUUGUAUACAUUUCUGGCCUUUAUUCUUUAAAUUUUUCUUUAACUUCUCUAAAGCUUUAUUUUUAUUAUUCUUCAAUUAUAUCUGAUCUCUUUUUCCGAACCAAAAAGUCUGGCAGGUAUCCUGUGUACUUCUUUUAAUUCUGUCCCUGGAUUAUGCCAGAUUUUCCCUGUACAUUGCUAGUAUUUUAUCGGCCUCUUUAGAAUUGCUUUUUCUGGGUUGCACUUUGGCAAUUCGUAUCAAAUCCCUAUGAAAGUUAAUUGCUAUAGAAACUGUAAAGGGUAUUUAUGACUAUAUUCAUAAUGUUCUUUUUAAAGAUGCAUGGGAUAAAUUUUCUCUGAAUCCAGUUGUGCUUUUCCUGCAUUGCUGUUUGGUUUUACCUUAAAGAAGCUAAAUAUUCUACUGACUGUAUUUUUCUCUUCAUAUUGAUGCUAAACUACUUAGAGCCAAUUGGUGGCUGCUUCCAUCCAGCAAGUGUUUAGGACUUCAUGUUAUGUAUAUUGUAAGCUAGCCACAUUCUUGGUUUCCUUUAUUUUCCUAUGUUUUAAUAUUUUUAUCUUACUAUAUUAUCUGCAUCUUUGUAAGCCCUUUGGGAAUGAGGUUGGCAUAUAAAUAAAUAAAAGAAUGUAUCUAA